UCCACGCUGACUUGCAUGCCCACGCUCUUACUCUUACAGCACAUCACUCAUGUGCUGGAGGGCACAACCGUCAUUUCACUUCCCCGGACUGUAUAUAACAAACACAGCCCAACUCCCUCCUCCGCCCAUCAUAUACACUCACCAAUGGCGGCACUCAUAGCUCUGCCUCUGCUAGCACUUCUCUCUCUAUCCUCAACCUUCUCCGACGCCUGCCCGCCGUCCGAUCGGGCAGCGCUGCUCGCCGUCCGGCAGGCCCUCAAAGAGCCCUACCUCGGAAUCUUCAACACGUGGCGGGGCUCCAACUGCUGCCAGAACUGGUACGGCGUCAGCUGCGACCCGGAGAGCCGCCGCGUCGCCGACAUCAACCUCCGCGGCGAGUCGGAGGAUCCCAUCUUCCAGAAGCACCGCCGCACCGGAUACAUGACCGGAACCAUCUCGCCCGCGAUCUGCCGCCUCACGCGCCUCUCCAGCCUCAUAAUCGCCGAUUGGAAGGGAAUCUCCGGCCCCAUCCCCGCCUGCAUCGCCAAUCUCCCCUUCCUCCGCAUCCUCGACCUCGUCGGAAACCGCCUCUCCGGCGAGAUCCCAGCCGGCAUCGGGCGGCUUAGCCGCCUCACCGUCCUCAACGUCGCCGACAACCAAAUCGCCGGCACCAUCCCCCGGUCCCUCACCAGUCUCUCCUCCCUGAUGCACCUCGACAUCCGCGGCAACCAAAUCGCCGGCACCAUCCCCAGCGAUUUCGGCCGCCUGAAAAUGCUCAGCCGCGCCUUGCUCAGCCGGAACCGUCUGGAAGGUUCGAUUCCGCAGUCUCUCUGCACCAUCUACCGCCUCUCCGAUUUGGACCUCUCCCUCAACCGUCUCUCCGGCCCGAUUCCGGCGUCCCUCGGCAAAAUGGCGGUCCUGGCGACGCUCAAUCUCGACGGGAAUUUAAUCUCCGGUCCGAUUCCGGAAACUCUGAUCGGAUCUACGAUCAGCAUUCUGAACCUUAGCCGGAAUGCGUUCGACGGCUACAUUCCGAACGCGUUCGGAUCGAGGUCGUAUUUCAUGGUGCUGGACUUGUCGUACAACCGUCUGAGAGGGACUAUUCCGGCGUCGAUCUCGGCGGCGACGUUCAUCGGACAUCUGGACGUCAGCCAUAACCAUCUCUGCGGUCCGAUCCCGCAAGGGUCGCCGACCGAGCAUCUCGAAGCGACGUCGUUUAGCUACAAUGAUUGCCUCUGCGGGAAACCCCUUAAACCCUGCUAAUUGAUAUAUUAAUUUCUAAAUUAAAUACUCCUAUAAAAUGUUUUUUUUUUUAAAAAAAAAAUUAUUAUAAUUUAUAUAAAUGUAGAGAAAUUCUAGUUUAUAUUAGAUUUGGCCACCACAAUAAAAUAUAGCGUAUGUGAGUUUAUGAGUGUGGUUGAAUAAAAUUUAAACUAGAAUUUCUCGCAUAUGUAAUAGAGGAAAUAUUUGUCUGUACGUAUUGUGGAAAUUAAUUUAUAUCAAUCAAAUAUGUUUUGUUUUUU